AAUAUAUUUUUCUAGAUCCGUCACUAAUUACCUCGAAUAUUAAUUCAUGUCUUGCGAGGAAACUACUACAGAGCCGCCAUUGCUUAACUGAAUUAUUGUCAUCCAUCUCAAAUUAUAUAACCCAAAUAAUGCAUAAACUUCAAUCACCAGAAAAGACUUUUGAGUUUCCUAUAUUUUUCCAGGUUAAGAUAAUUUAUGAAGCUAAGUCAUUCAUUACUAGAGAAAGCAAUGACAUACAUAUAAACAUUGAAUGAUUUAUAUGACUUCUUUGAAAAUCCAUACCUUCCUCUACACAAAUUUUUGCUUUUCUACCUGCUGAAGUACCUUCACAACCAAGCCAUUUGUGCCUAGUUUAGCUUGUCGAAGGUCGUAACAUAAAUCGCUUUCUUGAGCUCGCAUACAAAGUGAAGGACCCUAGGCUGGACUUGGAAGAAGAUGAACAAGAACAAUUUCGAGCAAGCCAACCAAGAUCAAGAGGAAGUGUCAAACGAAGAACCUUUCUUACAAGAUGAAGAACAAGAUAUUGUACUAAAAAGAAAUGGAAGUCAUGAAUUUCUGAGUCAGACAUUACAGAGUACAACAAACUUAGCAAAUUUACUACCAACAGGAGCUAUACUAACCUUUCAUCUUCUUGUUCCUGCUUUCACCGAUCAAGGCGACUGCGAUUAUGUGAACCAUCUGAUGACUGCCAUCCUACUAGCACUCUGUGCAUCAGCAGUGUUCAUACUGAACUUCACAGACAGCUUUAAAGACAGAUGUGGAAAUGUCUCUUAUGGCUUUGCAACCUUCAAUGGUUUGUGGUUGGUAGAUAGUUCGACAUCACUGCCACCGCGACUAGCUUCUAGGUACCGCCUUAGAGUCCUGGAUUUUGUGCAUGGUUUCACGUCAGUGCUUGUUUUCACUGCAAUUGCAUUGUCAGAAAACAACACAGUAAAAUGCUAUUUCCCAGCACCUUCAAGAGAUUUGCAGCAGAUACUUACAGCACUUCCUGUUGGAAUCGGAGUUGCUUCGAGCUUCUUGUUUGUUUUGUUCCCUACACAGCGCCAUGGAAUUGGUUACACCCUGCAGGCUAGAUGAUCUCCUUGGUUAAAGCUCAUACACAUUCUCCACAAUACGAAAUAUUAAUGAGUUACCGAGUACUUCUAUGGCAUUGUUUUACGCCGAAUUGCCAAUUCAACAUGUAAGCUAGAGAUUAAUCAAUGUUCAAGUAAGCUCAUGAUCUGUUCAACUUGAGAAGAAAUUAUACUCUUUACA